AUGUUUGUAUUUCACUUGAUCUUCUUAGCUUUGAUCAGUCUGAUCGGAAUAAUAUUCAAUUGGCUGUUAAUCUUAGCUAUUCAACGGAAAACCUAUCAUUACCAUCAAGACUCUCAUCGAAUCCCAACUUCAACAACGAAUAUAUCACUGUUAAGACAAAAUCCAUCCGUCAACGGUCAUAUGAUUCGUCCGCCCUUACUACCUGCUCUACGCUCAUCAAUCUCGACAUUUGAUAAGUACAUUCUCGCGUUACUAAUCAAUGAUAUAUUCGUUUGUAAUAUCGUUAUUCCACUACGUUUCAUCGACAUUUCUCAAGGUUUGCCAUGUGUAUUUCUCUGUUUCAUAUUGAAAUUUUUCGAUAAACUAACAACAAUCAUUGAAAUCAUUGUUACUAGCCUAUUAGUCAUUACAUCGGUGGCAUUCUUUUGUAAAAAACAUAUAUCCACAACUAAAUUAAGUUUUUUCUCUCUAUUAAUCAUGACGCCAUUGCUCAUUAUGUACUUGGCCACGACAUUAACUCAACUUGAUAUCAAUGAAUACGAGUACGAACAACGUCCGCCAUCAUGUAAACAAAUAUUUAUCUAUAUCACUAUUUCGACCUAUCGAACAUUGAACACGAUUUGUUGCGUUGCUACUUAUUUGAUUAUCUUCGUGCAGUUUCUUUUGCUUAUUCAAAUGAAAUGGUCGAUCAAACGAUAUAAACGAAAUAGCUUGAAAAACAUCACUGAAGCCGCCAAUCUAACUCGAAGUGUUCAACAAGAAAUCUUAUUAUAUGAUCAGAAUAAUCUCGAAAACAUCAGCCGCCGUUCAAUGUACACACCUCCAACACAUAAUGUCUCGCAUGCCACAUCGAUAGCGACAGAUAUGACACCCACCACCCAACGGUCCUUUCAAGUAUUUGAUUAUUUAACUUAUUUAACUAUCAUCGAAAAUAGUCAUACAUUAAUGAAAUCCACUCAUCUUCUCCUGCUGAUCUAUGCUUUCGUUCAUAUACCCUAUUGGCUUUUUGAGUUGACUACGAUACAAUGGGCGUACACAAUCAAAGAUAUUUAUCUGCUGUGCCAUGUGCUAAAACCAUUUUGUUAUAUGUUAACUAAUGAAAAAUAUCGUUUUCACAUCUUAGCAAUUCUGCAAUGUCAACCGUUUCGAAUGUUACCGAAUAUUUUACGACGUCGGUCACGUGUGAUGACAUUGAACAAUCCAACUGAUGUGUCUCCGAACCUGAGUCUUUAUAAUAAUUGUUAA